UAUCUGACGUUAACUCUCUAAUUAUCCAACGGCUGUAGUUACGGCUACACAAAGAUUGUAGUGACAUCACAGUCCGGUCAUUUUACAAGAGGAGUCUCAGUCAAGCUGAGGUAAGAAGUGGGUCCGUGAUUGUUCCAACAUUGGCCAGACAUACUGGGGUCCCAUUAAGGCUUGGCCACCGACGUCGUUUAGACCGUAUUUUGCGGAUUACCUUGACCUGGCUACACUGCACACCUGCUGCCUUUUUCUUCCCUUCAUAUUCACCACCAACCCUCCCCCGCAUUCCACACAAACCAUUCACUCUCACUCUCCUCUCUUCUCUUGAAAAUUGUCAUCUUCCUCUCUCUCUUUUAAUUUGUAACUAGGUCUCAAUGAGCUAUAACCAAAAUUAAUGGAGAAGUACAGAUUGUGAAGUCGAGGUGGCUGGGAUAGUUUGAUAGAGUGUGAAAUUUAUCAUUUUUUUCUUUCUAGUUGGUUUUUAAUUGUUUGAUGGGUCUUGCUUCACUGCAAGUUUGCAUGGAUUCGUCUGAUUGGCUUCAGGGCACGAUUCACGAGGAUUCUGGCUUGGAUUCUUCACCAUCUGGUGGCGAGCUGCUGACUUACUCAAGGCCUUUGGUAGAAAGGAGGCCGCCGCCGCCGUACGAUCAGGCGCUCAAGUGCCCGAGGUGUGACUCUACACACACCAAAUUUUGUUACUACAACAACUACAGCCUUUCUCAGCCGAGGUACUUUUGCAAAACUUGUAGAAGGUAUUGGACUAAGGGAGGCACCCUGAGGAACAUUCCCGUUGGUGGUGGUUGUAGAAAGAAUAAGAAAGUUUCUUCUAAAAAAUCAAACGAUCAUCAUCACCUCAUUAACCAAAAUCCCGGAUUAUCAUCAUCAUCUCAUAAUUCCACUGAUCUUCACCUUUCUUUUCCGGAUAUUCAAUUUUCUCACCUGGGCAACAUUCUGGGCGCUCAUGGUGCCCUUGCUAACCCUAAUUUCAUGGAUGCCAAAUAUAAUGCCAUGCUUGAAAACCAGACGCCUAUAGGUUUAAUGGAGAGUAAGUUAGAAGCUAUCGUUGGAGGUUCUAGAAAUUAUGAUUUUAUGGCUCCAAACGUUCAUGGUGUGUGCUCUCCAUUUGAGAUGUCUCUUGCUGGAAAUGGCGGAACUUUCAUUGACACUUGCCAGAGAUUGAUGUUCCCAUAUGAAGCAAAUGAAGAUCAUCAAAAUACAAUUGAUUUUAAACCAACUACUAAGCUUUUAUCACCCGACUGGCAAGGCCAAGAGGGGUUCUUAGGAAAUUUGGGUUCAUGGACUGGAAUGAUGAAUGGCUACGGCUCAUCCGCUACAAAUUCCUUAGUCUAAAUUACUGAUCCAAAAAUGAUCGUCAUUGACUAAACAUGCCGCAACAAUAGGAGUGUGAAUGGGAGACAUCCCAAAGUCUGUAAAAAUGGCUGCCAUAAGUGCCCUAGUGUCGGCUUUGUGUUUUUGUUUGUUUUUUAAUCAUCUUUUUAUUACAUAAUUUAGUGGCUUAUCGCCAUGUAAGGCAUUCAAAGCUCUAGGAAUUUCUUGUUAUUCCGAGGAAGAUCCGAAGAUGUAGCAGUGCUUUUCUUUUUUUAUUUUUUUAAUUUAAAAAAUACAAUGUCUUAUAGUUCUCUGUAUAUAUAUCUUAUCUUUCUAUA